AUGGGUAGCACUGAGGUGCACAAGAAUCCACAUGUCGCUAAGGUUGCUGUAUUGCAGAAGAAACCAGGUAAGGAGGAUGCAUUGGAACUCUUAAAGGAUAUAGCUCAUCGGGUCUCUUACCUGAUGAGGGAGAAUGAGUUCAAAGUUGGCUCUUUAGUUGAAUUUUUCCCUCGAGAUAGGAGACUGCUUGGAAUGAAUGUUAAUAGAGGUAUGAAGAUCAUGUUGCGACUGAGAAAUCCAACCGAUGAGUUCCAAUUUUUGCCACGAGAGUCUAUCAUGGGAACUAUGCUGCAUGAGUUGACACAUAAUCUGUUUGGUCCUCAUGACAAUCGGUUCUAUGCCAAGCUGGACGAACUGAUGGGGAGGCAGUGGGUUAUUGAACAGCAGGGACUGUUUGAUACGUUUCUGGGACACGGUCGUCGUUUGGGCGGCCAAAAUCGUGAUCGAGAGAUGAUCCGACGUCAAAGGAACCAACUCAUCAGAUCCAGAGGCACACGUUUGGGGUCUUUGACUAAUGAGCCUGCUCGAACUCCCAGGGAGAUGGCAGCAUUAGCAGCCGAGAGGAGAGCGAAGGAUAAUAAAUGGUGUGGUGAGAACAGUCAAAAUGUGGAACAGCCAAGCAAUGAAGAUUUGGAGGUAGUUCUUAUUGAUGAUGAUGAUGAGCUCGAGCCCGCUAAGUCGCACCACGAUCAUAUAGAGGUCAUUGACCUAACCUGA